CACACACACACACACGUGCGCGCGCGCGCACGCACACGCAUACAUACACACAUCAUCGCCGCCGCCGCCGCCGCUGUUAUACAUGUACCCAUGUAGUACGUUGUAGAUAUUCGCAGCACGUACAAUAUCGCCGUGUACCGGUUCGGUUGUUUUUCGGUUGAUAAUCCGUCGGACGGGGGUUGUGCGCGCCCGUUAUCGCACGACGAUGGUACGACGAAUGUGGUGCGCGUGCCGUAGUGUAUGAUAAGAAGCCGGCUCCGCGGAGGGAUCUCGACGCCGCGCGACAACGUGAACGAUGGUGGUCGGUGGUCAUGUGCGCUGCAAAUGAGCCAUGUUGUCGUCGUACGUGCGGCUGGGUCUCCUGCUGUUGUGCGCCACGACCGUGCUGCCGGCCGGCCGAGCUGCCACGUCGUCCGCGAACGUCCACAACAAACGAGAAGCAGACUAUACGCUGGACGAUUCGUAUUGGAACCAGGAGAGUCCCGUUGGGGAAGUGGAAAGACUCCUACGGGAUUAUCGACAGAACCAAGAGCUGGUGCGGAACAUCGGAGCCAAUUAUUAUCAGAUCAUCUACCCAGUACAAAUCAGACAUCAUGACAAAAUGGGCAUCUCUACCCGAGAGGUAGGGUCACAGAAGUUUCCCAGCUCGGGGUUGCAUGGAUCUAAUGAAGGAUAUUCUUCCGGCGGAUCUUUUCGACCGAAAUCUCGGAUGGGGAAACAUUUUCACAGAACUUCCAUAUUAAUAAAAGCGUUCAACCAUAAAUUUCGCCUCGACCUGGAGCUCAACACACAAUUACUAGCACCGAAUUUAGUACAGAAACAUUUUUUACCUCAUGGAGCUGAACAGGUUUCCAAACAAGAAAUUGAACAUUGUUACUAUCACGGGACCGUGAAAGAUAUACCUGGCGCCACGGCUGCGUUUCAUACGUGCAACGGAGUAGCCGGAGUCAUACACAUUGGCAAUGAAACAUUCAUCAUUCAUCCAUUUUACGGCGGAGACUUGUCGAAACACCCUCAUGUGAUAUUUGAGGCGCGGGACAAGGCCAAACGUGGAUGUGCCAAUGAUUUGCGAUUAGAUAGGAAGAGUAAAUACACCAAUGGUUUCACUGGGCGAUUCCGGAAAAAACGACGGCUAAAACGGGACGUCCGCGAAGUUACCAAGUACAUAGAGACCGCUCUUGUUUUAGACAAGGCUAUGUUUGAAAUGAGAAAUGGCAGUACCAGAUCCGAAGUAAUCACUGAUGCCAUUCAAAUUGCGAACAUAGCCGAUUUGUAUUUCCGAACAAUAAACACUCGGGUAUCAGUGGUCUAUAUCGAAACGUGGCAAGGAGCCAACCAGGCACUGAUUGAUAAAAAUAAAGAAAUCAGCACCGCAUUGCUCAAUUUUAAUGAAUACUCGUCACAUGCACUGUUCAAUAUUGGUAAAGACACUGCUCAACUACUAACUGGAGAAUAUUUUGUGGGUGGCGAAACCGGGAUGGCUAUUCACGGAACAGCAUGCACCGCAAAAUCUGUGGGCAUCAGUGUGGACGUCAAUGCGUACGAACCGCACAUUAUAGCAGGUUCGAUGGCUCACAUGAUCGGACACAACGUGGGAAUGGGUCAUGACGACAAAAGAGAAGAGUGUUACUGUCGUGAUUGGCACGGUUGUAUUAUGCAACAAUCCAUUGUUGGAAUGGAGAACAUCCAACCGUAUAAAUUCAGCGACUGCAGCCUUAACGAUUAUAUAGAAGAGUUCCGAGACACUCGAAACAUGUGCUUGCUCAAUAAACCAAACGAGGUUCCCAGUUCGCAACAAAAAUGCGGUAACAACAUUGUAGAAGAUAAUGAAGAAUGUGAUUGCGGUGGAUUUGAUAACUGUCAAAAGAAUGAUCCGUGUUGCGACCCAAUCACGUGCAAACUAGUUAAAGAGGCAGAAUGUUCGGCGUCCGGAACUUGCUGUAAAAAUUGCAAGUUCCUGGCGAUCGGUACGCUGUGCAGGGCGGCCAACAACGAAUGCGACCUGCCGGAGCAGUGCACGGGCGACACGGGCCAAUGUCCCGCGGACAUGUACAAGAAGAACGGCAGCCCGUGUGGCAUGGACAACAGUCAUAGCUGUUACAUGGGCGAGUGUCCCACGCUCAACGACCAGUGCGAGCAGAUCUGGGGAUACGGCGGUAUGUCAUCGGACAGACAAUGUUACGAUGAAUUCAACACGAAGGGAUCAAUGAGCGGACAUUGCGGCAUGGUAGUCGACGAGUCCGGAAUCACCACGUACUUAAAAUGUGAUCAAAAGAACGUAUAUUGUGGAUCAUUGCAAUGUCAAAAAGGUACUAAAUAUCCACAAAACGCGUCAGCGCCUAGGCAUACGAAAACGGUGAUUUCGAUCAACUCAAAGGACUACGAGUGCAAGUCCACGAGUGGUUCCAAAAUAUUUAGCCUAGUUCAAGAUGGAACUCCAUGUGGUGAAAACUUAAUUUGUAUUAAUCAAACAUGCACAAGUAUCAAUCCAUAUAUUGAUGAACACGUUAAAUGUCCCAGUAAUCAUAAUAAUUUAGAAUGCUCUUCACACGGGAUUUGCUCAAAUUUAAACCAGUGUUUCUGUGAUAAUGGCUGGACAGGAAAUGACUGUUCUAUCCAAUUAGAAAUUUCGCCUACUUCCCAAAAUUCCGCGGAUGUGACACUAUCACCCGAGGAUGCCAAAAAAGCUAAAAAUGAUUUAGAAAGCAAAAUGAUUAUGAAAGAAACGCCAUACGUAAACGCUCACAGCACCAACACCGGUGUCUUGGUCAUGAUACUCAUGACUGCUGUCGGAGUGGUGUUUAUGAUUUUCACAUGUUCUGCUUUGUGUUAUCGCCAUGUGGUUGUAUACAAAAAAAACCCAUGUUUUUGCUUCAGGAGGAGUAGUGAGAAGCAAGCAGCUGAUAAACAAAAGCAGUCGAUCAAUACCACUCCCAUAUCAAAACCGUCCAGAUUUGACGCACCUUCAGAGGAAUCAGCCGAGGAAAUGGCAAUGGUCAACAUGAACAGAAUUAAUAAAUAUGGAAAUCAAUCGCCAUACAAUCGUUCAGAAAAUGGAUCUCAUAAAAUGCUUUUCCAUUCGACAAAUCACAUGUCCCCAAGCACUUCUGGUAUUUCUAUGGAGCAUAAACUUCACAAUUUGUCUAGGUUAGGCCUAUGUUCAAAUGACGAAGAUGAUAUGAAUAUCCAAGAAAAUCUCCAUAUGAGUGGUCGUGGAAGUAGUUGUGGUAUUGCUCCGGGGCCAGUAAGUAUUUCUGACAUGGAACGCAAAAUGAAAUCAUUAGAUGGUUAUCAUGGGGACUUGUUGGAAAAACUUCGAACCGCCGCCCAUAGAUCAGCAUCCGGUGCCAGAUCUAGUAGUGAAGACUUGCUAUGGCGUACUCUCACCGAAACUGCUGAAUCGGCGUAUAAUCGAAUCGCAGCUAGCCAAGAAAGAUUGUGUGAAGAAAGGCACGGACUACCUCAAAGUCAUACGGUACUAUCUGAAAGUGGAGCACCCACAUGUCAUCGACAUCCUUAUCGAAGGCCUAGUAGACGAACAGAUAUCGGGCCAGAAGACGAAGAGGAGACGGCAAAAGAAGUAACUUCUUCUACAAUUCGUAUACGAAAUCUUGAGGAUUUGUUUAAACAAAUUCAAGAGCAUACGGUACGGCACAGUCCAUCGGGUUCGGAAGAAAACCGAAUGUCAGAAACGGAAGUCGAUAGACAUUACAGACACGAUGCGCAUCCUGGAUGCGAAGAGCCUAGAUUCGUAAGGGGCUGGUACCGUCCGGCGAGUAGGGCGACCAGCGGUUCCGCGUCACCGUACCAACAGGCGAGCGCCCGGCCGGCCGCGGCCACCGUCCACUCGACAACAGCUCAUCGACCAAUAGCGCGGUCGGCUAGCAUGGACACGCCGGCGGUCGCGGUUAUCGCCGGCGGCGGUGGCGUCCAACAGUCGGCGGCGAGCACCGCGUGCGGCGGCGGCAACAGCAGCAGCACCCGGAGCAGCCGGCGCUCGGCGCACCGCCGCCGCAACGACUCGCCGUCGACGGCCGCCAGUUGCAGCAGCAGCCACUCGCCGUCACCGCUGCGACGGUGCCGACGACGAAACGACGGCCACCACGGCACCGCUACCGCCGCCGCCGCCACCACCUCCACCGACGUUAUGACCACCACCACCACCACCACCAGCAAUACUACAACCAGCUACCACCACCACCACCACCACCACCACCACCGUCAACCACAACAACAACAACAACACGACCACCACCACCGCCUUCAUCAUCAACACCGGACCCUCCGCCCCGACCGUCAACAGUGCCAACACCGAACUGCUCAACAACAAACGUUUUCCCGAGUACAAACAUUGACGUAACCUAACCCGUCGACGCCGCAGCCGUCGCCGACCCGUUAACAACCUCCACCUAAAACCUCCGGUCGAGUUUCGCGCCGGCUGAGGAAGAGUAGGAGGAGCGUCCUCGGCUCCCAUCAAACGGUCGCCGUAAUCGUUUUCUCGUAAUUGUUAUUUGUAAUUGUAUAUCCGUUGGCCGAAAAGCACGCCGAUAAGUUUUAUUAUUAUUAUUAUUAUUAUUAUUAUGAAUUUUUAAUAAAAAAAAAAAAAAUAAUAAAAAUAAUGUUAAUUAUUUAUAUUUAGUUGGUAUACCGUCGAAUUACCGUCAAACGUUGCGACGACAAUAGUACGGUGUAUGUCCACGCGCGUGACCGUGUACUCCACACCGUACACCCCCCGCCACCAACAAUUUCGUCUCCGAAAACAUAUAUAAUCCUACCCCGUCGUAAAAUCGAUUUUCGCGCUCGUAUGCACUGAUCCUGUAAAUCCUCUUCCGCCGUCUUCCGCUUGCGCCGAGAGUUCGUCUCCUGUCGAAACAGGGGUUUUCGAACCCGGUCCAGCCCCUCCCCCCCUGCGCACCCAUCCUGAUGGUACGAAAACUGUUCGCGACGUACAAACAGAUCGGACCAUCUACCUCGACGCGUUGAUGAUGCUUAUCGCAUAUUUCUAUUACUACGUCGAUAUACCGGUCAGUACGCGUUCUCCGACUUUGUCGCGGUGUCAACAAGGUUUCGUAAGCGAUUCGAUUAGGCAUUUGACCGUGUCGAUUGCUCAUUCUCACACGCGUACGCGUAUCAACUUAAGAAAAAAAAAAAAAAAAAAAAUGUAAUUUUAUUAUAAAUAAACAUGCCGGGGUUCUUGUAUGCGUUUAGCUUUUUCGCGUGUUCGCAGUACGCCUCGAUAGUAGCUCGUGACGCUCGAUUUACCGUUUGACAAUUUUUUGCAAAAAAAAAAAAAAAGAAAAAAAAAGUACUAUAAAAAUAAUAA